AUGACGGCAACUUUAAACGUAAUUCUGGAUGCUCUAAAUAGUGAACCAUUCAAAAUGAAUUUGAAUUCAAUCAGUUUUGAUUUGAUUUCAAAUGAGCAAAUGCUGCAAAUUCUAAGUGAUGUGAUACUUUGGAUUGAAAAUUCAAGCGUAAUUGAUAUUCGAGAAGAAGGAGCCGACGAAACUGCGCUUAGAAUAUUUAAUUCUCUUCGAGUACUCAAUUAUCAACCACCGACUGAUAUUGAAGCGCUCAGGCAGGAAUGGCGAUGUGGCAUUGUGGAAGGAGAAAAAUCAACUAUUUAUCCAAUACUGGAAUGGAUUUUUCAAAAUGUGAACAUUGUAAAAGAGCGGGCUUAUUUGGCAAAAUACUUGACUAAGAUUGAUGUGCCAGGUGCAUUUCAAGAUUCAGAAGUGGUUGAGUUUUCAAAUCAAGUUUCAAGUAUGAUGGAAGAGUUUAAAAGAGUUCAUUGGCAAGUUGUAGAAGUUCGAAAAGAUUCAUUGCUUAUGGAGGAUAUACGAAAUGAUUUGAAAGCGAUGAAAGCUGAAAAAGAACAACUGAAAAAAAGAAUAGAUAAACUUGAACGUAAACUUGGAAAUAUUGCAAAUAUUGAAUAUUUUCUUCAGUUAGCUGAAAAAUGUCGGUUACAAAGUGAACAAGUUGAGAAGAUUGGACAUCUUCAACAAGAACAACUAAAUACAAUUAUUUACGAUGAACAGAAAUUACAACGACUGAAUGCUUCUUUGAGAGAACUUAAAAAAAUAGGUGAAAACAUUGACCCAACAGAUAAAAUAAAAGCAUUAAAGGAAGAAAUAGAAACAAAUCGUUACGUUGUUGAAGAGAAGCUACCAAAAGAGAUUCAUGCAAAAGAGAUGAUUGUAGAAAAUUUGAAAAAAACGGUUGAAGUCUCAGCUCUGAACGAAAAUGAUGUCGCUGAAUUGCGUGAAAAAAUUGAAAGAUUAAAUGAAGAAAUCAUUGAGCUAGUGAAGAAACGUGAUUAUAAAGACGAGAAGACAGAUAAGUUAUCAAUAUAUCGCCAUCAAGCUUCUGCUAUCCAAAGAAAAAAAGCUAUAUUAGUGGAAAAACUGCAAGAAGCUCGGUAGAA